AGAGUUCUCGGUUUCAGUUGUCAUCUUUGUUGCGAGUUAAAACGUACCCUCGCAAUUCACUUUAGUGCCUUAAAAAUUACCGUUCAACAAAAUUGUCGUGUUCCGCAAAAAAUCUCAUGUUAAUCCGAUCCAUUUAUACAAAUUGCCUUAACUUAUAAAUAACUCGACAAAUUAAGAAAGUUCUCUAUUUAGAAGUGCACUUCAUUGUUACUGGGUUUGGUGAAAACGGAAUUCCAGCACUUUUAAAUUGCAGGUUGGACUACUAAAUCAUUUGGGUUCUCCGUAACUCAACCGCACAGUUUCUAGUUAGGGUAGUGAAGUGUUAAAACGAUGGCUGCUUCGCGAAGAAAGCAAGACGAAAAAAAUCUAAAAACUUUGCGUGAACUAGGAGUCCUACUUGCCAAUAAAUAUUGUUUUGAUUGUAACCAACGCGGCCCUACAUACGUGAACGUUACCAUUGGAUCCUUUGUUUGUACGAAAUGUUCAGGAAUGCUACGUGGCAUCACACCUCCACACCGAGUCAAAUCUAUUUCCAUGGCUACAUUCACCAACGAAGAAAUAGACUUAUUGAAAAGUAGAGGCAACGAUUACUGUCGUCAGGUAUGGUUAGGAUUAUACGAAGGAACGCCGCCCAUUAGUUCAGGAGAUGAAACUUCAAUUAGGGAAUUUAUGGUAGAAAAAUAUGAAAGGCGAAGGUAUUACCUAGAUCCGGUAAACGUAACUGUAAAUAUCAAGCCAACUGAAGAAACAAAAACACCAAAAGUCAACGGAAUUCAAAUUCAGCCUAAACAGAAACAACGCUCAGAGAUCAGCAGGAACAGCUCAGUGGACAACAAUAAUCUAAUAAAUAACAUAAAUAAUAAUAAUAGCUCCAAUAUGAACGGAUUUGUAGCCGAUUUCGACAAAGCAGACAUCUUCAUUGGCGGCAGUACCACGACAUUAAAUGGUAGUUCCACUAGCUUAAAUGGCCCUACAACGAGAUUACAGCCACCACAGAACAGUUUUGCCAAUUUCGAUAAUAAUCCAGUGUUUAACAACCUAAAUGUUUUAGCAAACUCGUCAACAGAUCUGCAAAGUCCAGCUCCAUUCAACUACAUGAAUAACAGUUGGAACCAGCCUACCCCCGUUGCCCCACUGAACAAUUCUCUGAACACUACACUGUCAGUUCCAUCAGAAGACAGAUAUGCUGCUCUUAAAGAUUUAGAUAACGAAUUUAAGUCUCAAAAGAACGGUAGCUUGGAUUGGAGUAACAGCUCGACUGGAUCUUCGAUACCUACAGGCUCAGUAAAUAGUUCACCUUCGCCUCAGCCUUCCGUUUUUGGAUCCCACAACCCAGGUCAGUUUAUGGGUACUUUCCCUUUGCACCAAGACAAUACAUCCAACUUAGUCUCAAAUCCAUUUAACAAUAACGAUUCAAGUGACAUUAAUUGGUCCAACCUAAAUCCACCGUUACAACAAAAACUAGUUAAUCCAUUUAGAGAUAUAAUGAAAACAAAUGGCUACAUGCAGGAUUUCCAUCCAGUAGGAGCCUUUCCGCCUCAAGCUGUGCCUUUUGCCGUUAACGGAACCAACGGAUGGACCCAAAAUCCUUUUAAGGUUGGAGGAACAAACGGUAUGAACUCGAAUAAUCCAUUUUUAUGAGACGUUUUUAAUUUGACGCAGUUGUAUCCUAAGAAUAUAAAAAGAUGUUUUAGCUCCACUAAUUUUUAAUAGUUGUAUAUAUCAUUAAAAACACACGUUACCUCUCU